GGCCGAGAAGGGAGGGCCCUGUCCCCUGUCCCUUUAAGGAGGAGGGACGAGCCCCGCUGAGAGAGCCGGCAUUGCCCCGACCCGUCCGCGGCUUCACCACACAGCAGCUGCAGCCACAGCUCCGGUCGCCCCUCGCUUAGCAGAUUUCGCUCCGGCCCCAGGAAGCUAGUCGCCACCAUGGUGAAGAUCGUGACCGUUAAGACCAAGGCGUACCAAGACCAGAAGCCGGGCACGAGCGGGCUGCGGAAGCGGGUGAAGGUGUUUCAGAGCAGCGCCAACUAUGCCGAGAAUUUCAUCCAGAGUAUCAUCUCCACCGUGGAGACGGCACAGCGGCAGGAGGCCACCCUGGUGGUGGGCGGGGACGGCAGGUUCUACAUGAAGGAAGCCAUCCAGCUCAUCGUCCGCAUCGCCGCCGCCAACGGGAUUGGUCGCUUGGUUAUUGGACAGAAUGGAAUCCUCUCCACCCCUGCUGUAUCCUGCAUCAUUAGAAAGAUCAAAGCCAUUGGUGGGAUCAUUCUGACAGCCAGCCACAACCCAGGAGGACCCAAUGGAGAUUUUGGAAUCAAAUUCAAUAUUUCCAAUGGAGGUCCUGCCCCGGAAGCAAUAACUGAUAAAAUUUUCCAUAUCAGCAAGACAAUUGAAGAAUAUGCAAUUUGUCCUGACCUGCAUGUAGACCUUGGGGUUCUGGGAAAGCAGCAGUUUGACCUGGAAAACAAGUUCAAACGCUUCACAGUGGAAAUUGUGGAUUCGGUGGAAGCUUAUGCUACGAUGCUGAGAAGCAUCUUUGAUUUCAGUGCACUGAAAGAACUGCUUUCUGGUCCAAACCGAUUAAAGAUCCGUAUAGACGCCAUGCAUGGAGUUGUGGGACCGUAUGUGAAGAAGAUCCUCUGUGAAGAACUCGGAGCCCCCGCAAACUCAGCAGUUAACUGUGUUCCCCUGGAGGACUUCGGAGGCCACCACCCUGACCCCAACCUCACCUAUGCAGCUGACCUGGUGGAGACUAUGAAGACAGGAGACCAUGAUUUUGGGGCUGCCUUUGAUGGAGAUGGGGAUCGAAACAUGAUUCUGGGCAAGCAUGGGUUCUUUGUGAACCCUUCAGACUCUGUGGCUGUCAUUGCUGCCAACAUCUUCAGCAUUCCAUAUUUCCAGCAAACCGGGGUCCGCGGCUUUGCACGCAGCAUGCCCACCAGUGGUGCCCUGGACCGGGUGGCUAAUGCUACAAAUAUCACUUUGUAUGAAACCCCAACUGGCUGGAAGUUUUUUGGGAAUCUGAUGGAUGCAAGCAAACUGUCCCUUUGUGGGGAGGAGAGCUUCGGAACUGGUUCUGACCACAUCCGUGAGAAAGACGGGCUCUGGGCUGUCCUUGCUUGGCUGUCCAUCCUAGCCACCCGCAAACAGAGUGUGGAGGACAUCCUCAAAGAUCACUGGCAAAAGUAUGGCCGGAAUUUCUUCACCAGGUAUGAUUACGAGGAGGUGGAAGCCGAGGGUGCAAACAAAAUGAUGAAGGACUUGGAGGCCCUGAUCUCUGAUCGCUCCUUCGUGGGGAAACAGUUCCCAGUGGGAGAUAAAGUUUACACUGUGGUGAAAAUUGAUAACUUUGAAUACAGUGAUCCGGUGGAUGGAAGUGUUUCAAGAAAUCAGGGCUUGCGGCUCAUUUUUGCAGAUGGUUCUCGCAUCAUCUUUCGACUGAGCGGCACCGGGAGUGCAGGCGCCACCGUUCGACUGUACAUCGACAGCUAUGAGAAGGACAUCGCCAAGAUCUACCAGGACCCCCAGGUCAUGUUGGCCCCCCUUAUUUCCAUUGCCCUGAAGUUGUCCCAACUCCAGGAAAGGACGGGACGCACUGCACCCACUGUUAUCACCUAAGAAGACAGGCCAGAUGCGGCACAUCCCUCCACCCCAGGCCCUCCGAGUCAACUGAUUGAAGAGCAUGAACAGAAACAAAGUGUAUUCACCCAGGCUUUUUAGGAUUCGGUUUUUCCACUAACCAGUCAUUGACAAAUGGUACAAUUCCAAGGCAUUGCCAAUUGAUAUGCCUGUAGGAGCCAUGCGGGAAAGAGAAAAAAAAGGACCCAGGGGCUUAUACUACUGUCAGUUCCUUUUCGUGUCCUCGUGCGCCGCUGGUGUGUGGGUGUUUGUCUCCUUAGCACCAGGUCCUGUUUACAGUACAGUGGAAGAUGGAGGUUGAGCAUCAGCUCCUGAGGCUAAUUUCCGUCCUUAGGAUCCACCCGUGAAAUGACAGUGCAAGUUCCUUUCUCCUUUGUGAGCCUUUCCCCCCAUUUACUGUUUACAUAUAAUCCAGCAAAAUGCAGUUUCUGGUGCCUUCUCUCCAAUCAGUUCUUUCCUCAGACUGAGACGUACUUGUCUACAGAGUUCUGCCUUGUUCUGCAGCGUAGUCCCAUUCACGCAAAUAUUUUGGGAUAUUAAAGCAACAUAAG